GGCUUCGAGCAAGUGUGAACCAGCCCUUACUGGUCUCUACUUCCGUGGCACUGUUAACGAUCUGUCACCAAAAUGACUAAAAAGAGGCGUAAUGGAGGACGCUGCAAGCACAACCGCGGCCAUGUGAAAGCCGUCCGCUGCACGAACUGUGCUCGCUGCGUUCCAAAGGACAAAGCGAUCAAGAAGUUCGUCAUCCGCAACAUCGUGGAAGCCGCUGCCGUGCGGGACAUCUCCGAUGCUUCGGUAUACAGCUCGUACGUACUGCCGAAACUGUAUGCCAAGCUGCAUUACUGCGUAUCGUGCGCUAUCCACUCGAAGGUUGUCCGCAAUCGCUCGAAGGAAGCUCGUCGCAUCCGUACACCGCCGCAGCGAUCCUUCCCGAAGGACAUGAACCGACAGCAGAACGCUCAGCGCAAGUAAGGCUGCUGCCUAACCCGCGGCGGUUCUACCUCUUCGCACCGUCACCUGAGCGAAGCGCAUCCGGAGUUCUGGUGGAGGUUCUUGAUUGUCGGGGGCGAUUAUGAUGGAAUGGACUCGCUUUGGCAUCGUCGGGAGCUACUUUUCUUCUAGUGCGUUCGAGCUGCACACGUAUUUUCUAGCGAUGUAAGAAGGGACAGAGCAGAAAGUGAAAAGGACGAAUAAGAAAACUAAAAAUGCGUCAAAAUACAAAACCAAGCCUCCGGCCCAACUAUUCCAUCAA